AUGAAUAUCACAUAUCGCCCUCUCUCUCGGAAUCAUAUCCGGAUCUUGGACGUCAGCUUUAAUGGAGAACCUUCUGAGCCUAUCUGCAACUUUAGGGUUGUCCCUCUAAAGAACCCUCCAGAAUACACCGCUAUUUCCUACUGCUGGGACAAUUCAACAGACAUAGCGAGGAUUAAGUUUCACAAUGGCAAUUCCCUCCCUCUUAGCCAGACGUUGGUCGAUCUUUUUAACUCCCUGAAGAAAAAGUCCUCAAAGUUCACUGUAUGGAUCGACGCCAUCUGCAUUAACCAGGAAGACACAACGGAGAAGGAAUUUCAAGUUCCCCUCAUGGGAAAGAUUUAUUCUCGCUCCACGGAAGUCUUAGUUUGGCUGGGCAACAGUGAUGAUAUUACUAAGAAUGCAUUCCGUUACAUGUCGCUCGAAGAAAAGGACGCUGGGACUAAGCCAGAACCUUUGGUCAGAUCAAGCUCGUUUUAUGAUAGAUUUCGGAGUUUAUACCGUAAGGUCUCAGGAGCCUAUCGGCACGAAACUGAUGAAUCUGGCCUAGAGAGCAUGCUCCUUCUCCUUCAACGCCCGUGGUUUCAAAGAGUAUGGGUUAUUCAGGAGGUUGCUGCCGGGAGGAAUGUCCAAGUGGUUUGUGGUGAGGACUAUGUAGAUCUGAACCUCUUUUCAGAUGGCGUUUCUGCCAUUUGGAACUCAUUUAUUGGCUUAGGUCGCUAUCAAGAUGAUCAUCCCGCCAUCCUUGGAUUCUGGUGUGUAACCAGAAUGCUUGAUAUACGAAAAGCAUACCAAAAGAGGGUUAUUGAGGGAGAAAGUGGAAUAUGCUAUGAGACUCUUCUUCAAGCGGCAUAUCAUUGCCAGGCCACAAGGACCUGCGACAAAGUCUUUGCUUUCCACGGUAUUGCAGAUAACCGGCCAGUACCGACAGCGAAUUACAGAAUCACUGAAGAGCAAGUCUUCGUGGAAACAGCCGAAGCACUCCUUUGCAAUGGAGACUCCCUUGAUCUUCUAGCUCUUUCCUGGAUGGGAUAUAUGCGGCAAGAUUCCAGUAUACCGACUUGGGCCCCUGAUCUUCGAUGCCAUGCCUACGAUGAGCCACUUGUUCUUUGUGGUAGCGCAGGCUGGGAUGCAGGCGGACGCUUGAGAACAUCACCGAAGAUCGAUACUGAAUCAUCACGUCGGCUUCGACUCCACGUCAAGCCAGUCGACACAAUAGACGUGAUCUGCCCUCCGUUCGCUUCUUGGGUUGUAGGGCAGCAGCGAGCAGCAGUCAAAUCUGUCUUGGCCCUAAGAUCACGGCUAGCAGGCAACCUUUCCAGGGAAGCGUGGAUGGACAGAUUAGCUGAGUCUCUGAUCAUGGGUCUCGAUAUCGACGACAACCCACUAAGAGUCGAUAUGCCAGGAUGGGACGAACACCGUCGGUACUUUAACGAGUGGCUCCAAUGGGUACAAUCGAGCUCGCGACAAAAGGGCCUUCACAGAAUUGAGUCCAAUAAGUACCACCGCAUAAUCAGGCCCCGUAUUGACACAAUGAAAGCAUUCGCUACUAGCCGGGGUUUCUUCGGUAUUGGUCCAGAACCUACCAUGGAAGGAGAUGUUGUGUGCACCGUCCCGGGCUGUCGAGUACCGCUCGUACUGCGACCUGACUCAUUGACAGGUGUUGAAGCAAUGACAUCACCUUUGAUGCAGACAUGGACUCUUGUUAGCUGGUGUUAUGUCGACGGGUUGAUGUUUGGCGAGGCUAUUGAUCUAGAUAAUCCCAUUGAAGAAAUAAUACUGCGAUAA